AUGAGUAGAACAACAGAACUCCCACCAAUAAAAUCUUUUGUCAAAGAAAACUCAAGAAGAAUGUCAAGAACUGUGUUAGAAGGCUCUGAGUCUAAGAAUGAAGCUUUAGAGUGCAAGAAAGACAAGAAUCCAAGGGCAGAUAACAUGGACAGAUACAAAAUGAUGCAGUGUCAGGUGAUCUUGAAGAGGUUGAUGGUAGGAAGAGAUGAUUGGGCUUUCAAACAACCUCUUCAUGUUAAGGUUUUGGAGUUUCUUGAUAACCCUGAGGCUGCAUCCAAGCCAACAUGUUUGAAGGAUAUUGAGUUCAUAUUGAACAAAAGGUUGUACACAGCAACUGAAGAAUUUGCAAAUGAUAUGAGGCUUGUUUUCUCUUAUGCAUUGUUGUACCCUUCGAGAAGUGAGAUUCACAAGAUUGCAAUGAGGGUUAGUGAUAAUUUUGAGAGCAGUUGGAAAUCUUUGAAGAAAAAGUGGAUACAUGAGGAAAGAAAAGGAAAGAAAAAUAUGUCCAAAUGUUGA